UCCUCCUGCCUCAGCCUCCCAAGUGCUGGGAUUACAGGCAUGCGCCACCAUGCGCGGCUGCUGAGAGCUUUGUGUGAACUGUCUGCGUUCUUGAGGUACUGUACGAGCGAGGAAACUGAGGCCUACAGAAGGGGAGUCACUUGCCCAGGGUCACACACUGUCCAGGGUCAGUGACUAAGCUGGGCUGCAGCUCAGCCCUUCUGGACCCCAAAUCAACAAGUCAGUAAAAGAGAGAACCACUCUGGACCAAAACUGUUCCAGAAUCUUAAGAGCCACCUCCCUUAUCAGUCCGCAGAUGCCAAACUUGUGUGUGUAAAGCCUGUGGCAGUGUGGCCACAUUUGUGGCCAGGAAAGUAGUUGACUUGCAGAAUUGGCUGGCAAGGGCUUGGGUGUAAGAGUUCAUGAUGGGUUUCGAGGCUUGGACACCUCCCUGCCCUCACCCCAGCCCCUAGCUGGUUUCCUGAGGCUGCGGUGGGCCUGUCUACAUUAUUCAUCCUUCGCCCCUCCACCCCUCACUUGGGGUUGGGCUCCUGGGGUUGGAGUCUAGACAGACAAGAGCAUCCUACUGAGAACAGAGGCAGCCCCGACUUCGGGGCUGAAGGUUCCCAUGGCAACAGCAUCCCCCUCAGCUGGCAGCAACCCGAUAAAUAAUCAAGGGUGGGGGUGGGGAGCCAAGGGCGUGGGAGGGGCAGCCAGGGCUUCACCCUGGAGAGGAGGGGGGCUCUUAGGUUAGAAGGAGCCUGGGGGGAGGGAACUGCGCAGCCACACGAGAGGAAAGAUGGGUGUGAGAGAUUUGGAGGAUGGGGAACAGGAAGGGGACCCGGAGUCUAAAGUUGAGGUUCGGCUCCUGCAGUUGGACACGAUGGGGGCCGGAGCCCUGGAAGUGGACCAGGUUUGGAUGGGUUGAGUUGCCAGUGAGCCACCUGGUGGCUGCACUGCAGCGGCAGAUCUUUGACUUCCUGGGCUACCAGUGGGCUCCCAUCCUGGCCAACUUCCUGCAUAUCAUGGCGGUCAUCCUGGGCAUCUUUGGCACCGUGCAGUACCGCUCCCGGUAUCUCAUCCUGUAUGCAGCAUGGCUGGUGCUCUGGGUUGGCUGGAAUGCAUUUAUCAUCUGCUUCUACCUGGAGGUUGGACAGCUGUCCCAGGACCGGGACUUCAUCAUGACCUUCAAUACGUCGCUGCACCGCUCCUGGUGGAUGGAGAACGGACCGGGCUGCCUGGUGACGCCCGUUCUGAACUCCCGCCUGGCCCUGGAGGACCACCAUGUCAUCUCUGUCACCGGCUGCCUGCUGGACUAUCCCUACAUCGAAGCCCUCAGCAGUGCCCUGCAGAUCUUCCUGGCACUGUUCGGCUUUGUGUUCGCCUGCUACGUGAGCAAAGUGUUCCUGGAGGAGGAGGACAGCUUUGAUUUCAUUGGUGGCUUUGACUCCUACGGAUACCAGGCGCCGCAGAAGACGUCGCAUUUACAGCUGCAGCCUCUGUACACGUCUGGGUAGCUUCCGACCGGCCCUCGGCGGCAGGACUGACCGUGACUGCCGGGAGCUCCGGCCAAGGUGGGCAAGCGCGCCCCCUGGCGUCUUGUGGACCGACUGCAGCCUGCGCGGUCUCAGCCGCUGGGCCGUGGAAGGAGCAGAGUGGACUUGGCCCUGCACAACCCGGACUUCCGGGGCGGGCUCGGGGAGGGCGUCGCGGGGUUUGUAACUUUUUUAAUCUCAGCCUUGGCAUGUGCCAGGGUCUUCUUCCCUUCUCCAGUCUACCCCUUUUACCCUUCACCCAGCGUCUUGCCCUUGUCCAGAGAAAAACAGCAGAGCAGCCUCGCCCCAUCUCUUCAUUCACCAGCCUCGGUGAAAGCGACUGUGAACUAGGAGCAGGAGUCCUGGGUUCCAAGCGCAGCUCUGUCACUGACACCCGGUGUGAUAUGUGGCAAAGCCCUUGCCCUCUCUGGGCCUCCGUUUCCCUACUCCAAGUAAUUAAAGUGAUCCUUUAGCAGACGGACUCUUCCAGGCUUCUCCUUUGACUCAUUGCCCUGGGCUAGGCUGGGAUUAUAACCCCCAUUUUCAGGUGUGCAAACUAAGGCCCAGAGAUGUGAAGUGACUUUCUUGAAGCCACGCAGCUAAACUUGUGGUGGAGACAGGCCUUGGACACGGUGUGCUUUCUGUCCUUUCAGACUCCAGUGCCGAGUGCCUGCCUCUGGGUCCCACUGGCAGCGGGGCACUGCGCCACACACACCACCGCCACAUGCCAGCACCUCUCAAAGCAAUAGACCCAUUAGUUCUCGUGUUGGGAACUGGAUGGACAGAGCCCAAAGCCCCGAAUUCAGUCUAACACCCAGCAAAGCCUUCGUAGACUUAGCCUCCGUCCACCCUGGGCAAAUCUUCAAAGCCCCCUCCUCUAGGGAAAUCGGGCUACAAGUCCCUCUAUGCCCUUCCAGGUCCCUGAGACCAGGUCUCCCACACCCAUCCUCCCAUACCCUCCUCUCCCA